UCAUGCCGCCGCCACCGACGACGUUGCUGUAUAGUUAUUCGUCCGUACGCUCUAAAAUAAAAACAAAUGUUGCGCGAUGUUACACCACACCGACUUCAAUACACGCUGGCAUAGUAUUCCAACGAAAAAUCCCACAUCGACCACCAUAACUCGUUCGCGUCCAUCAAUACGGCGCGACGGUCCUGUACAGCGUAUGCGUCCUUAUGAGCAUUUUACGAAACAUAAAAAUAUCGUUACUAUACUAUAAUUUAUCCUAUACGAUAACGGUGCAACGAUAACAUUAUUAUAAUUAUUAUAUUAUCGUAAAUACGAGUAUUUUCAUGUGACCUAAUCAUUUAAUAUUAUAAUAUAUUAAAUUUUAACACGACUGCGCUAUUUGAUAAUAAAAUAUAAGUCACGUUACGCGCGCGUAAUACACUUAAUGUAUAUAUUUAGAAGUGCUAGUGCGAAGCCCAUGAUAUGCAGUGAGUACGUUGCGAUGAUUACGUUUUACAAGACUCGAGACCCAAAAUUAUAUAGUUUCACCAAACAUCUAUAGCAAAAAUGUUGACUUACAUAGACGUGCAUUUUAUUUACACCCUGCCUGUCGUCGCAGUAUUGGCGUUGAUAACAUGGCCAUUUAUAAGUCGCUUAGAACUGUUCAAAAUCGGAUUCAUCUGUACAAUGGCAUUUUUGUACACGACACCAUGGGACAAUUAUAUAAUCUUCCACAACGCCUGGAUGUACAAGCCCAAAAACAUUUUAGCCGUCAUAGGAUAUGUGCCCGUCGAAGAGUACAUGUUUUUCGUCAUACAAACCAUUAUGACAUCACUGUGGGCCUUGGUUUGUACCAGGUGGUCUCCGGCUUGCUUCAGUUUCAAUUUCAAUAAGACAAGCUACACGAUGAUCCGAUGGAUACCGAUAUUAGUCUUAGCUUUGACGACAAUUCAGGGCUACAACAUAGCUACACCGGGUAAAGACACGUUCUAUUUGGGCUGCAUCAUGUGGUGGUCGUGCCCGGUCAUAAUGUUCCUAUGGUACGGUGCCGGUAAUUACUUUGUCAAAAAGUCAACGUCGACAACAAUUGCGAUAAUUGUUCCCACUUUGUACCUGUGUUGGGUCGAUCGCAUAGCACUCAAAGAUGACGUAUGGCACAUCAAUGAGAAAACCUCGUUGAACAUAUUCGUCGCCGAUGAUUUACCGUUCGAAGAAUGUCUGUUCUUCCUGAUCACCAACGUGAUAAUCGUCCUGGGCAGCAUGGCUUUCGACAAGUCCUACGGGCUUGCGGACACGUACACUUCCGAGUUUCCAUUCCGUUACAGACCAAGUUGGAAAUACUACAGUCAGCAAAUGCUGCCUUUCGUGACGGCCGAAUGCGAUAUGUCACCGAGUCCAGUCAAUGACAUCAGACAGUGUUUAAACGUACUUAAAACGGCUUCCAAAUCAUUCAACGCGGCCAGUCUCGUUUUUCCAGCAGGAGUCCGUUUACAUUUGAUCAUACUAUACGCGUUUUGUCGGGUGACGGACGAUAUGAUCGACAGCGAGCCAAACAUUGGUAUCAAGAAGCGGAAACUCACGCUGAUUAAAGAUUUUAUAGGCGAACUGUUCGCGGAUAGAAACUCGGACUACGACGUGAAAACAUCGAUGACUUCGGGAAACCCAAAAUUGGAUUGGAAACGUUACCGCAUUGAGCUAACUGACGAGGAGCUGUCGUGCUUUCGGGCCAUAUCUCGGAUAUCAUUUUACCUGCCCCGUAAACCAUUUUACGAGCUGCUCGAUGGCUACCARUGGGACGUGGACGGAAAAAUGGUUCACAACGAGACCGACCUGCUGUUAUACUCGAGUUACGUGGCUGGAAGCGUAGGAACGCUGUGCGUGUACGUAAUGGUAUACAAAAGUGGUGUAGAGAUCGACGAUGAUGAAAAGCACGAUUUCGUUAUCAGAAAAGCACAACAGAUGGGACAGGUGCUGCAGAUCGUCAAUAUUUCUCGGGACAUCGUCACCGACAGCGAGACGCUAGGCCGGUGCUACGUGCCCACCGAGUACAUGGAUGACGCAACCGCGGACGUGAACACUCUGUGCCGCGACAGGGACGCGUGGACCCUAGGCUCCGAUAAACUGAAAACGUACGCCACGCGCAUGAUCAGGCUGGCCAACCAGUACCAGUUGGAGUCUCUGGAGGGUAUCCGGUACCUGCCGUACGAGGUGCGUGGGCCCGUGCUGGUGGCCACCGACAUCUACCGKGGCGUGGCCUGUGCGGUGGAGGCUAGCCCGACGUACCCGAGGAGGGCGUCGCUGAGCAAGUGGGAAAAGAUCCUCGUCGGCAUCAAUUCGCUGUACUUCAAGAGCCUGAGAUACUUUUUCCAAGCCGAACGCUGCAAACGCUGUUGACGCGACACUGAUAUAAGCCACACUGCGAAAAUUGCACCACCACCAGUGCCGCCGCGGCCUUCGAAUGCGCCUGCUGCAUUCAUGAUGCAUUCCCCCGAUCCACUGCAAAUUGCAAUAUAUUAUGUUAACCACCGCGCGAAAAAGAAAUAUACCUAUUACACCUAACAACAUUC